AAAUUGCCAAACUGCCAUGCUCAUCCAUCAUGAAAGUGUCCCCGUCCUCUUCACCUGUCAUUGUUCUCAUUGGACACUCAGCUAUCCAGCGGCCUCAAGCCUACUUAGCCAUCACUGCAAGGGCAAUAUUUUUGAUGGGGCACCUAGUCUAUUGUAAUGGUCGUUCUUUAGUCAUCAGUAACUGUGAGUUUAACCCUGUAUCAUCAGAACGUCAAUAUUGGUUCCCUGCUUUAAAAAGUCAGUUGUAACAACAAACAGUAAUCAUUGUGGCAGUAGUAACAAUAGCCAUAGCAAUAGUGUUAGAUAUAUGGUAGUGAAUUCUGCAUUAUAGUAUUACGACAUUUAGUCCCCACACAUUUUUGAUCUGCAAAUACAAUCCUGCUAUAUGUCACAGAGAAAGGGACUGGGGGUUGUUAAGCACAGAAACUGGUCAGGGCCCAAACUGAACCCACACAUACAGCCAUCCAUUUAAAUAACUUUGCAUAACAAGGCUCUUCAGACACAAUAUCACUCCACUGCAUUCACAACUGCAAUUGUUGCCUUAUUUCUGUUCCCCUAUGCAGCUCUAAUGUUCAGUCAGGACUCACGUGGGUUUCAACUCCAUUAUGAAAAGCUUCCAUGUGACUUGUAAGCCUCUCUUGUGUUCCCCUUACCCAUGUUACGCACAAACAACAACCUCCCCAGUAUUUGGUAAGAAGGGGGAGAAAGUUCGCUCUAAUCCUUUAAUACUCCCCAACACACAUGCAUACAUGCACACACACUAUUCGGAGACUCAAAACUUUCCAGAAUCUCCCUCGUUCUCUGUUUUUGGAGGAGAGGUAGCGUUAGUUUCAGCUUUCUUAUUCACAGGCUCCCAUCCUUUUGCAUGGACCACUUUUUUACUGUGGACUCAAAAAGAAUCUGGAAGGUAUCUUGCUGGUGUAGAAUAUUCCUAUUAUUUCACUGUUAGUGUAUAGGGUGUUUUUCACUGAGGCAACUGAAACACUGGAAUGGAGUCUGGAGUCAACACCACAGGGGAGGUCAUUCCCUACGGAGGAAAAAGUGCCUUUUCACAAUUGGAGCACAACAUAGUGGCGGCAUACCUUAUCACUGCAGGUGUCAUCAGUUUGGCCAGCAACAUUGUGGUACUGGUGAUGUUUGUCAAGUUCAAGGAGCUGCGAAAUGCCACCAAUGCCAUCAUCAUCAACCUGGCCUUCACUGACAUUGGAGUGGCUGGCAUUGGCUAUCCCAUGUCUGCUGCCUCUGACCUCCACGGGAGCUGGAAGUUUGGCUACACUGGAUGUCAGAUCUAUGCAGCUCUGAACAUCUUCUUUGGGAUGGCCAGUAUUGGACUGCUGACAGUGGUGGCCAUUGACCGCUACCUAACCAUCUGUAGACCUGACAUAGGGCAGAAGAUGACCACCCGCUCAUACACACUCCUCAUUCUGGCUGCAUGGCUCAACGCAGUUUUUUGGUCGUCCAUGCCCGUGGUGGGUUGGGCCGGCUAUGCCCCUGACCCAACUGGUGCCACCUGCACCAUCAACUGGAGAAAUAAUGAUGCGGGCUUUGUCUCCUACACCAUGGCAGUAAUCGCUGUGAACUUCCUCAUCCCUUUGUCAAUGAUGUUCUACUGCUACUACAGUGUGUCUGUCACCAUGAAGAGAUACAAAGCCAGCAACCGCUUGGACAGCAUUAACAUGGACUGGUCAGACCAGAUGGAUGUGACUAAGAUGUCGAUAGUGAUGAUUGUCAUGUUCCUGGUGGCGUGGUCGCCGUACUCCAUAGUGUGCCUAUGGGCGUCCUUUGGGGACCCCAGAAAGAUUCCUGCCCCCAUGGCUAUCAUUGGUCCUCUCUUUGCCAAGUCCUCCACCUUCUACAACCCCUGCAUCUACGUUAUUGCCAACAAAAAGUUCAGAAGAGCGAUCACAGGAAUGCUCCGAUGUCAAACCCGACAACGGAUCACCAUCAACAACCAGGUUCCCAUGACGAUUUCCCAGCUCCCUUUGACCCAAUGAGGGAGGAUUGCUAGAUGUUACAUUCUAUGAUGAUUUUAUUCCCCCAAACUCUGAUUACACUUGUCAUUGAGUAUACUGUUAGAUGGGAUACGUGUAAGAAAGUUUAAAAGAUCCCACCCUACCAAGCUUUUUAGACCAUACCAGUGGUCAUGAGAGAACUGGAAAAUACUAAAUUCAAGAGUACUGAGGUACAUCCCAAGUCACCCAUUAUUUAUAGGUACCUCAAAAUAUACGAAAGUCGUUUUAUGUAAUUAGACACAGACAUCAUCAACCUUACAGUUUUGCCCUACAUUGCUGUACAUCAAUGAAGAGUCUGUCCAAUACCAGUGUUUCUGGACCACGUGGGUAGGUGCUUCUAUAUUAACUGGAUUUUAUUUUGAUAUGUUGGGGUUUACCAUGUAAAUUGCUCUUUUUAUGACAUUCUAGCCAUUGUCUUCCCAAUGUGUUUUACCUUAGUGUAAUAUUAGCAUAAACAAACAAUAAAGUAUGUUUGUGUACAACA